UCUGCUCUGCUCUGCUCUGCUCUGCUCUCCUCUCCCGGUGGAGCUCGCCGGGCCCUAUGGCGGAACACUGAGCUACCGCGCCCUGCGGGCUCUGAGCGCUGAGCUGGGUCCGGCUGUCCUUGCUGCUCUUGGGUGUGAAUGAUGUUCAAACCCAAAGCUUGUCAGGUUUGCGCUGUUGCUUGAGUUCCUCUGCCUGCUGAAACAAAUGUGUAGUUCUGGUACAUUUACACUGCGUUGGUGCGGCCUCAUAUUAAGUGCUGUGUGCAGUUUUGGGCACCAUGAGGAUGGUGAAGGGCUUUGAGGGGAAGCAGCUGAGGUCACUUGGUCUGUUCAUCCUGGAGGAGGCUGAGGGGAGACCUCAUUGUGGUCUUCAGCAUCCUUGUGAGGGGAAGAAGAAGGGGUAGGCACUGAUCUCUGUAGUGACCAGUGACAGGACCCAAAGGAAUGGCCUGAAGCUGUGUCCAGGGAGGUUGAGGUUGAAUAUUAGAAGGUUCUUCACUCGCAGGGUGGUUGGGCACUGGAACAGGCUCCCCAGGGAAGGGGUCACAGCACCAACCUGACAGAGCUCAAGAAGCAUUUGGACAACAUUGUUAGGUGUACAUGGUGACUCUUGGAGGUGGUCAUGUGCAAGGCUGGGAGUUGGAUUAGAGAUGAUCCUUCCAACUCAGAAUAUUCUGUGAUUCUGAAAGAAUGGUGGUUUGUAAAGGAAGUGGCCAUUCAGAGUAAUCAGUGAGGACAAUUACUAAAUGAGCAGCCCCCCUCGACCUCAGUGAGUGAGAUCCCUGUGGGUGGCGAGCUGUCCUGUACCAUGGCAGGACCUUUCCUUGGACAGGUCCUUCUCUUUUUGCCCACCUGCAUAGUGACUGUCCCUGGCUGCCCACAGACCUGCCUUGCACAACAGCACUCUGACACUGAGGGCUGAUUUUGGCUUCAUCAUCAACUUUCAGGUCAGUUAGUUUUAUAUUUGUACAUUGACCUUCAGUAGCAGAAGUCAGAUGACAUUGGAAGCUGUGUAUUCCAGCUUAUCAUAACAGGUACUAACCUACUUUUUCAGGCCUUAUCACUUGGUCUGAUAUGCUGAGUUUUGCACUUGAAAUUUUAAUUUGAGGAGCAGGUUGUCCAGAGGAGCUGUGGAGUCUCCUCCACUGGAGAUACUCAGGAGCUGACUGGAACAAUCCUGUGCCACGUGCUCUGGGAUGACCCUGCUUGAGCAGGGAGGUUGGACCACAUGACCCACUGUGGCCCCUUCCAGCCUGAGCCAUUCCGUGAUUCUGUAAUUAUAGAGGCCACUUCCUCUAUGAGGAGGGCAAGAUGAACAUUUCUUGUUGGGAAGAUGAGUAGUGUUUGUUAAUGUGCCACUCAUCAGCUCAAUGUAGGGAUAGCUAGGCUAAUUUCCACUAACGUUAAGGAAUUUAAUGUGUUCUUGUAAGGCUGAAUCAGUUGCUGGGAGAAAAUCUCAUGGAUUUAUUUGUGUCAAGGACCGUGAAUUCUGCCAUUGAACUAUGUUGCAUGAUACACACCAGCCAGGAAACAAGUGUAAUGUUAUUUUGAGUAGCAGUUGAUUUGCAUGCCUCAGCUUCAGUUGUCAGCAGGUGUGGGUAAUAUGCUUUGUCGUUAUCAUGAGAAGUAGUCUUCCAUAAAAUAGAAAAAAUGAAAUAGAAAGUUCUUUAAGUCAUUGCUCAGGAGACAUUUUUCCAGGCUGUCCAUGCAGUCAUUCUGUUGAGUCAAUAACACUGAAGUCCAAACAUGUUGGUGACAAAAUUUCUUUCAGUCAAGUCAAACAAAAAUUAGUACUGCCCUUACUUCUGGUGGGACAUAAGAGAGGAAGAUGAAGUGAGAAUUUCCCAGUGCACUCAGAAGGCUGGUCUGUGUUAGCUGCAUGUGUUCUCAAUAGAUGUGUUGUGUUAUAGUUCACACAGGAAUUGAAUUUGCCUUGAAAAGACUUGACAUGUUGGACUCUUGAGGGACUGAGUGUUUGGACUGCAAGAACCAUGAUAGGUUCCAGUUUAAAGUAAAGGUCACCUCCCUUCUCCCAGGUUCAGAGAAGAAACUAAGAGCACAAAAAAGGAGUGAAGAAAAUGCACAGGUCAGAAGAUGGACAAGGGGGAUAGAGGAGAAAUUAAGAGAAAAUGGCAAGAAAGACUGAAGAAAGUGGAAGAACUAGCAUCUUACUAUGAAAGAAAUCCUCUUCCUACAGUUUAUAGACCAAGACUGUCCAAACCCUCUAUGCCAUCCUCUGUUUGGAAAAUAUUUUCUCGACAGGCUGAAGCUUUUAAUUAUGUAAAAACCUGCAAAGAGGAUGUUCAUGUGUUUGCUUUGGAAAAGAACUCACAGAGUGGACAGAGGUUUUACCUUGUGACAACAUAUGAAGAGCUUUGGUUUUAUUACACCCAAGGUUACAAAACAAGUCUUAUGCAUUGCUAUGAAGUAAUUCCUGAAAACGAUGCUUGCAAACUUUAUUUUGAUUUGGAGUUUUACAAACCAGCAAAUCCUGAUGCAGAUGGCAAGAGCAUGGUCAUGAAGUUAAUUGAGCUUGUCAGCCAAAAAUUAAAAGAAUUUUAUGAUGUAAAUUGUUCAUCAAAAGAUGUCUUGAACUUGGAUUCCAGUACUGAUGAAAAAUUUAGUCGGCAUUUAAUUUUUCUACCCCAAAAGACUGUAUUUAAGGAUAACACUCAUAUUGGUAACUUUGUGAGAACCAUUUUGCAGCCUGCCAUAAGAUUAAUGGAGAGUGGGGCUGCUGUGAUUCCAACCGAAGAAGCAGGGAAUGUUUUCCAAUGUUCUGCAGGAGCUGGAUUCGAUGGCUCUCUUACAAACCUCACAGCUGUUGAAGAUGAUUCUAAAGACAGGCCAGCCAUUGCUCAUGAAACAAAGGAUAUGGAAAUGCCACACCAGGGAGAAAAUUUGGAUUUUUCCUUCCUAAUAGUAAACGAUAAAGAAGGCAACAAGCAGCUUUUUGUGGAUCUAGGAGUUUAUACAAAGAAUAGAAAUUUCCGGAUGUAUAAGUCAUCAAAAGCAGGAAAAAAUGUGAUUCUGAAGAUAGCAGAGGAUAAUAAAUUUAUCCCCAGCUGUGAAAAGGGCGUUUCCUUGGAAGAAGCAUAUUUUCUUUCCUCUUUAAUCUGCAACAUCGGGGCGAGUGAUGAUAUUAAAGUUCUGUCAUCUGGCUUUUCAGAGGACGAGAGAAAAAUGUCUGCUUUUUUAAACAGUAAAACUACCAGAAGCAGCAGAGCAGAUCCCAUGGAAGGUUACCAGGGUUCGCCGUAUCCAGAAAUUGAUAACUUUGUUCGUGCUUUGGUUAAUAAAGAUGGGCUACAAGGAGGGAUACGACAGUGGAGUUACUUCUCUCUCAAAGAACUACUUAUUUAUGAUAUUUCUGGUUACCGUUGGUGUGAAAAUAUCGGAAGAGCUCACAAAAGUAACAAUAUAAUGAUUCUGGUAGAUUUAAAGAACGAAGUCUGGUAUCAAAAGUGUCACGAUCCUGUCUGCAGAGAACAAAACUUCAAAUCACAAAGUUUCCCAUUGCCGCCUGGGAUAUGCCUCCCAUCUCUUUUCAAAGAGGAAGGAGAGUCCACGCUAAUGGAUGAGAGGGGGCACACAGAAGGAAAAGUAAAUCCACAUUCUAAUGUGUCAGACUCGUCAAGAAGCUCAGUAUCUGCAGAGAACAGCUGGUCUCAAGACUUCCUGUUGUCAGACAGUGAGUGGGAAAACACAAGUGACGAUGCCUGUUUCCUAGAAGCUGCUGAAGAUGUGGAACUAGCUGAAGCUGCAGAUGACAGUCUGAAUUAUGCCAUGGAAGAAAUCCCAGAUGAAGUUCUCUUGGAAGCUCUGAGGAAAGAAGACCUCUACACCAAAGAAGGCAGCUAAGCACAGGCCUGGCCAGCAGUGAAUGACACUUGUGUGGCACAGGCUGGUGUGAAGGGUCCUGCGGGGUGGUUCACAAGCACCACUCCAGGGCUGCAAGACAAAGAGUGGAGUGCCUGGGUGAACUUCAGCAGGCAGGAGGAGAUCAUGGAAGAUUACGUGGGGGCUGAAGAGAACUGGACUAAAAUAUUCAUUAUGAAUGCUGCUCCAAGCUUAGCACUUUUAUCGCUCUUUGUUGUACAGUUUCUGUUUUGUUAGUUGUAUGUCCAAGUUUUAUUGAGAAGCCAACAAAACAGACUUCUUAUUUCCAUAAACAAGAUUAAAUAAUUUAUUUCAAAUGCAAAUUUAAUAAAAAUAUUUGUUUAUUCA